AUGCAUUUCACCGCAACCUUUGGUCCUCGCCCUUGUAAUCCUGCCCAACUCCUGGAGGAACUAUCAUCCUUUGUCCCCUUGACUGAACCCAAUAACUCCUUGUUUGACGCACCCUCUCCUGAUGAACUCGCCACCAAACUUCGCUCCAUCUGUAACUCUGCCCCUGGUCAAGACCGAUUAGAAUACUGCCAUCUUCGUCUGUUAGAUCCCAAGUGCGAAAUCCUUCGUCUGUUAGAUCCCAAGUGCGAAAUGCAUGUCCCUGCAGCAUGGAAAUCUGCCACCACUAUCCUAAUCCACAAAAAAGAGGACACAUCAGAUGCGAGCAACUUCAGACCCAUCACCUUGAUGUCUUGCCUUUAUAAACUACUAAUGGCCGUACUUUCCAAACGUAUGACCUCUUUCACCAUACAAAACGACCUCCUCUCCAACGAGCAAAAGAGUGCCCACCCUAGCGAAGGAUGCUAUGAGCAUGACUUUCUCUUAGAAUCAAUUGUCAAUGAUGCCAGAAGACAACCUUGCCCACCCUCACCCUUGAUGUUCGAAAUGCCUUUGGCAGCAUCCCACAUGAUGCCCUCCUCACCACCCUCUCCCACAUGGGUUUCCCUUUCCCAUCUACACUGGAGCUUCCACAGAAGUAGUCACCCCCUUGGUAAAACCCAACCGAUCCCUAUUCACUCUGGAGUCAAACAAGGAUGCCCCCUCAGCGCCAUUCUAUUUAACCUUUCCAUGGAACUCAUCCUUCAUAAGUGCAAUGCCCAAGCCCAAGAACUACCAUGUGGCUCACUUCAACACCAUGGACAAUCCGUCUCGAUCUUGACGUAUGCUGACGAUCUUGUCAUCCUUGCUCGCAACAAAGCUUCGCUGCAGUCACUCCUAAAUGUGGUCUCCUCAGCUGCUGACGUCCUCCACCUAAGAUUCCGCCCUGACAAGUGCACCAGCCUGUCCUUGAACAAGCAUGGCCCCUGGAUCCAAUCUAAUGCUCUCCUAGUCCAAGGCGAACCAAUCCCUGACCUCCAACGUGAAAAUCACUACAGAUACCUUGGCAUACCCAUGUGA